AUGACAGGCGCAGAUGAGCAAGACCAAUCAGGCCCCCGCGCCCCUUUGCUCGCCUCAUCCCACGCCUAUUCCGACCAUGAUGGCAAUGACCACGAUGAGAGCCUGGCCUCUGAGCUGGAAUACUCAGGAGGCUGGUUCAUAUGGAUGUUGACCUUCUCCGCUGGGAUAAGCGGUCUACUAUUUGGAUAUGAUACAGGUGUUAUCUCGUCUACUUUGGUGACCAUCGGGUCAGAUCUUUCCGGCCGAACAUUAUCAACACUCGAUAAAAGCCUGAUCACAUCAUGCACUAGCUUAUUUGCGUUGAUUGCGAGCCCGUUCACCGGAGUGCUGGCGGACAAGUUUGGUCGUCGGAAAGUCAUACUUGGGGCCGAUCUGUUGUUUGCACUUGGAGCGUUGGUCCAGGCCUUUACAAGUCAGGUUUGGGGCAUGAUCCUUGGACGCAGCAUUGUUGGUCUUGCUGUUGGUAGCGCGAGUGCGGUGACUCCAUUGUAUAUAUCCGAGUUAGCUCCUUCGCACGCAAGAGGAAGACUUGUGACGAUCCUCAGUCUGUUCAUCACCGGUGGCCAGGUGGUGGCAUACAUAGUCGGGUGGCUGUUUUCUGGUACAACUGGAGGUUGGCGGUGGAUUGUGGGAAUUGGUGCAUUGCCGGCCUUUUUCCAACUCGCCAUCCUCGCUCUGCUACCCGAGACGCCUCGAUGGCUGCUCCAGGCUGGAUUUGAUGCCCGAGCGAAGACAGUCCUGUCCAAGAUCUAUCAGGAUUGCCCUGGAUGUGACCGGGUGGUGGAUCAUGUCUUGCGCAAUAUCAACGCGGAAAUUGUCCAAGAGGCGUCGGAGAUGGGACCAGUUAAGUCUCGUGGCACAAAGCCCCAGUGGUUGCAUGAUACCAUCCAACGGGGUCAGCAGUUGUUGCAUGGUGGAAACAGAAGAGCAUUGAUUAUAGCAAUGAUGCUCCAGGCAGUCCAGCAGCUCUGCGGAUUCAACAGCUUGAUGUAUUUUUCGGCAACCAUCUUCUCCUCUCUUUCGUUCUCGUCGCCGACACUGACAUCACUCUCGGUGGCUAUGACGAACUUUGUCUUCACGCUGCUUGCAUUCGUGCUGAUUGACAGAAUCGGUCGCCGGCGCAUUCUCCUGUAUUCGAUCCCUGUCAUGGUCGUUGCUCUGGUCGUCUGUGCUUUCUCGUUUUCGUCAAUGGACGGCAAAUGGAAUCCACAACCUCCAACUGACCACCAAGAAAACCAUUUUAGCACUAAUUCCCUUGUGCCCCUUGCAAUUCUGCUUUGCCUUACUGUCUAUACGGCGGCAUAUGCCCUCGGGCUCGGUAAUGUCCCUUGGCAGCAGUCUGAACUCUUCCCUCUGAAUGUACGUUCCCUAGGGUCAGCACUGGCCACUGCAACCAACUGGGGAUCCAACUUUAUCAUCGGUCUUACUUUCUUGCCUAUGAUGGAAUUGAUCUCCCCCUCAUGGACGUUUGCCCUCUAUGCACUCGUCUGUGUGGCUGGAUGGGUUGCUGUAUGGACAAUCUACCCCGAGAUGAGUGGACUUAGCCUAGAGGAAGUCAAAGGCCUGUUAGCAGAUGGCUGGGGCGUGAAAGAAAGCCUGCAGCGACAUAGCCUCUCACGCCAUAUAUAG